AUGAUCUCCCUGAGGAAUUCUUCAAACCUAAUCGAAGUUAAACCUAAUCAUGAGAUAAAGGCGAGUAGUAGUUCUUGGAGUGAUACCUCGACUACUAGCACCAACUACCAAGGUUUCUACACAUCUCAUCUAGUGCCUGAAAUGAACAAGCCUUAUUAUUUGAACAUGAGUAGUGAGAGUGGUAAUUGGGACCAAAGUAAUGAUUACAACCAACAACCCUACCAAUUUUGUUAUACACCUCAAUUAGUACCUAAACUUACUUAUCCUACUGAUUAUUAUUUGGAUUAUAGUAGUGAGAGUGGUUGGGACCAAAGUAACAACAAGCAAGAUGCACAAAUGGUAACGACAACACAUACAUUUCCUAUUCUCACUCACACUCCUGCGCCGGCUAUAGAAUAUCAACAACAAGAAACUCUUUCAACUCGCAAACGAAAAUCAACCUCUUCAAACCAUGGUCGUUGGACUGUAAAAGAACACAUGAUUUUUUUACAAGGGAUGAGUAAGUUUGGUUCUGGUAAUUGGACAGAAAUAUCUACUUUACUUGGUGGUACAAGAACUCCAGUCCAAGUGGCUAGCCAUGCUCAAAAAUAUUUUAAUAAAAUGGAGAAAGAAAAACAAAUUGCAGAGACAACCUCUGAGAAUAAAAAGAAGAAAUUAAAUAAGAGUAUAAAUGAUAUAAGAUUAAGAGAAGAUGGAACAUUUUGUUCUCCAAACUCAUUUCAAAACUGA